AUGAAAUAUGAAACAGUGAUGAUAUUGUGGCAUAACAAGGAUCCAAUCUAUUCAAUCGAUUUUGAUCCUUGUUCAAAUAGAUUAUGUACUACUGGUUCUGAUAAUGAUAUUAAAAUAUGGAGUUUUGAAAAGAACAAACAAACAGGUAAAAUAGUAUUUGAUUACUUGUCAAGUCUAUCAAAGCAUACAAAACCUGUAAAUGUUGCUAGAUUCUCACCUGGUGGUAAUCUAUUGGCUAGUGGUGCAGAUGAUGGAGCAAUAGUCAUUUGGAGAUUGAAUACAACUAUUCCUCUUGCAAAGGAUUCAUUCAUGAAAGAACAAUGGUCAAUCGUCAGUAUAUUACGUGUCAAUACCGAUGCAUAUGAUCUGUCAUGGUCAUCUAAUGGUUUAUAUCUAACAUCUGCCAGCACCGAUAAUAGUGUUCAAAUUUGGAGUCCUUUGGCUAAGAUUUGUAAUCAAACCAUCAUAGAACACACUCAUUAUGUUCAAGGAGUAUGUUGGGAUCCGUUGGGUGAAUAUUUGGUGACAGAGUCAUCGGAUGGAUCUUGUCGAUUGUACAACUUUAACAAACCACCACCAACUGGAAAACAACAUAGUAGUAAAAAGAAACAACAACAAAAGGUUUCACUUGCAAAUGUAUUGACUAGAAGAUCAUUCAAUAUAAAUAAUCAAAAUAGUCUAUCUAAUAAUAAUAAUAAUAAUAAUAAUAAUAAUAAUAAUAAUAAUAAUAAUAAUAAUAAUAAUAAUAAUAAUAAUAAUGAUGGAAUGGUGAUUGAUUCGAAAAAAGAAAAGGAAAAUGAUACAAAAGAUGAACAACUUGAAGAAAAAGAAAAAGAAGUAAAAGUACAAAAGGAUCAUGCAAUGUUUUAUGAUGAAAGAGUUACAACAAGACCAGAUUGGUCACCCGAUGGAUCACUAUUUGUAACACCAACAGGUAAAUUUAAAUCAAAUGCCACUGAAAAGUAUACAAGUACAUCCUAUGUUUUUGCAAGAGGACUCCUCAACAAACCAAUCUUUCAUUUACCAUCCAACAAACCAACCAUUGUUGUUAAAUUCAAUCCACAUAUUUAUAGUCUCAAAUCAACCGCCACCACGACGAUGACUACACCAGACACCAACAACAGUAGUAGUACUACUCAACCAAGUCUAUUAACACUACCCUAUAGAAUGAUCUUUUCUAUUUGUACAACCGAUACUAUUGUCAUUUACGACACACAAUCAACCAAACCACUAUAUAUAGUGUCUGAACUACAUUAUGCACCCAUCACUGAUAUGUGUUGGUCACCAGAUGGAUCUAUAUUAAUGGUAGCCUCUGAAGAUGGAUUUUGUAGUUAUCUAUUGUUUAACAACGAUGAAUUGGGUUCAAUCGUAGCAGAGGAUGAUCCAAUUUAUCCACCAUCCAUGAAACAAUUCCAAUUAUUUAAACAAGAGGCUAUCAUAAAUACAAAGGUCGAACAACAACAACAACAACAACAAACUGGUGAAUUAUUAACAAAGAGAAAGGUAGUUGCACAGGAUAAUCAAGUUGAAGAAGAAGAAGAAAAUGCAACAACAAAACCACAACAACAACAAGAAGGAGAAGAAGAAGAAAUGCAACAAAAGAAACAAAAAACAUUUGAACCAACCCCAAACAGUACUUCUACCACUACAACUACAACUACUACGACAUCUAGCAACGAAGCAUCAACCAAUCAACCAAAACCAAAGAGAAGAAUUCAACCAAAUAUAGUCAUCACACCAACACAAUAA